AUGGUCGUCUUCCAGGUCGACGAGGUGACGGUCUACUUUCCGUACGACUACAUCUACCCUGAACAGUAUGCUUACGUCCGUGCACUCAAACAGACGCUGGACGCCAAGGGCCACGCGGUUCUCGAGAUGCCCACGGGCACCGGCAAAACCGUCGCUCUGCUCUCCCUGCUGACGUCCUACCAGCUCGCGCAUCCCCAACUCGGGAAGAUUCUCUACUGCACUCGAACGGUGCCCGAGAUGGAGAAGGCGCUGAUGGAGCUGAAGGGCGUGAUUGACUACCGCAUCGAAGAGAUCCGGAAGGAGCGAGAGCGCAAGGUGCGCAAGGAGAGUUCCGCGGCGUCGCCGCCAGCUUCGCCGACCGCCGCUGCGACGGAGGCGGUCGGACCGAAGCCUGGAAACUGCGCCAGCGAUCCCGGCACAGCGGGGAAGGGGCGCGCGCCCGCGCCCAGCUCACCAGCCGUCCCUGGGCGGCGAGACCCCGGGGAAGAGGCUCCUAAAAUCGGCAAGGAUAUGACAAGCGGCGGGUACAUCCUCGGCGUUGGUCUCUCUGCGCGACGGAACAUGUGCAUCAAUCCGGCAGUGUGUCAGCAGCCGGACCGAGAAAAGAUUGACGAGUCAUGUCGACAACUGACAGCCCCGUGGGUGCGCCAGCGCUACCUCACCAGCUACAACCCGCCCACGGCGCGCCCGCUUUCGGCCCCUCGCGGGUCGGCGGAGCCCGACGGCGAGGCUCCGGCCGCGGACAUCGAGAGCCUCGCCAGCUGCGGCGGGGGCGAAUCUCGGCGCGGCGGCAGUCGCGAAGCAGAAAGGCUCGAGGCGAUUGCGUCAAACGAAGAGGCCGAGCCGGGGCACUACUCGCCCUCGCUCUGUCCGUGGUACGAGAACUUGGACCGAUACUUCACCCCGCAGUUCUUCCCCGCUGGCGUGUAUACCAUUGAGGAACUGAAGAUUGCCGCAGGGAACUGGCGUCACCCCAUUCUCAACCGGAGCCUGCCCUUCUGCCCGUAUUUCCUCGCACGUCGGCUCCUCCACAUCGCCAACGUUGUCGUCUUGAACUAUCAGUACAUUCUCGACCCCAAGGUCUCGCAGGCCGCGCUGCUGUCGCCGCUGCCUGACGGGAUCUCGGCCUCGCACACGACGGGCGCUCAGUCGCGCUCGACGUAUUCGAAUCCGUAUCAGCCGCAAGGCGCCGGCGGGCUGGUGAACGAGGAAGUCCAGUACGAGGGCUCUGUCGUGGUGUUCGACGAGGCGCACAACAUCGACAAUGUCUGCAUCGAGGCGUUGAGUGUGAAUAUCAAUCGCUCCGUGAUGGAGGCGGCGCUGCGGAACCUGAGUCAGCUGGCGGAAAAAAUCGAAGAAGUGAAAAAGGAGGACGCGGAGCGCCUGCGCGAGGAAUACGAGAACCUGAUACGCGGCCUCAAGCGCCGACGUGAAGACGAGGAAGGAGCCUCUGCGUCCGCCUCUUCAUCAUCGUCUUCGUCGUCGUCUUCUUCCUCGUCCUCGGCUGGCGAAGGCACGCGGAGCGAGGCGGAGGAGCUCUCGCGGGGUGGCGAAGAUAGAGCAGAAGGAAACGAACCUGCUUCGUCGGGCUCCGGGGCGGAGGACAAGCCAGGGGAAGUGACUAAGGGCAAGAAGAGACCCGCAGAAGGCCAGAGAUCUUCGGGCGCAAGGUUCAUUCUGGAGAACGAGACACUCGAUCUUCUGGCGAGCCCUCUGCUCCCCGAAGACGCUCUGAUGGAGCAGGCCGUUCCGGGCAGCAUUCGGAAAGCCGAGCACUUCGUCUCUCUCAUGCGUCGCAUUGUCUCCUACCUAAAGUCUUACAUCAAGAUCUACGAACUGAAGAGCGAGGGGCCUCUGUCAUUUCUCCACAUGUUUGAGAAGGAGACCCAUAUCGACGCGAGCUUGCUCAAGUUCUUCUACGACCGCCUGAAGAGCCUCUUCAACACGCUGCAGAUCACCGAGGUCGAGUCGUACGCGCCACUGACGCUGGUGGCGGACUUCUGUACACUCGUGGCUACUUACUGCGAAGGGUUCAUUCUCAUCUGCGACCCGUAUCCGGAAGCUGUCGGCUUGUACGACCCUCUUCUCCAGCUCUCUUGUCUGGAUGCCUCGCUGGCGAUGCAGCCGGUCCUGAAGCGCUUCCAGUCACUCAUCUUGACAUCCGGAACGAUUUCGCCUCUCGAGUUGUACCCGAAACUCCUCAAUUUCGUGCCGGUGGUCACCGAGUCCUUUCCGAUGUCGCUGGACCGGAACUGCAUUUGCCCAUUGAUCGUCGCCCGCGGAUCCGACCAGGUUCCUCUGACGUCAAAGUUCGAAUAUCGCCAUGACAUGAAUGUCUUGAGGAACUACAGCAACCUGCUGAUUGACCUGUGCAAGCACGUGCCAGACGGUCUCGUCUGUUUCUUUACCUCGUACUCCUAUAUGGAGUCUGUUCUGUCAAACUGGUAUCACAGCGGGGUCCUGGCGCAAGUUCUGGACUACAAGCUCAUCUUCAUCGAGACCAAGGACGUCGUGGCGACAACGCUGGCGCUUCACAACUUCCGACGGGCGUGCGAAUGUGGUCGCGGCGCGGUCUUCUUCUCGGUCGCACGGGGCAAAGUUGCUGAGGGCAUUGAUUUUGACCGCCAUUUCGGAAGAUGUGUGGUGCUCUUCGGCGUCCCGUUCCAGUACACUCUCUCGAGAGUGCUGAAAGCCCGACUGGAUUUCAUUCGGGAGCAUUAUCAAAUUCCAGACAAUGAGUUUCUCACUUUCGACGCCAUGCGCCAGGCUGCUCAGUGCGUUGGGCGUGUCAUCCGAAGCAAAAACGACUAUGGGUUGAUGAUUUUUGCCGACGCGCGGUACAGCCGUGCUGACAAGCGAAGUAAAUUGCCACCAUGGAUUCUCAAGCAUUUGGACAACGCUCACUUGGCCCUCAACACGGAAACUGCGAUAAGUGUCGCUCGAACCUUUCUGCGCCACAUGUCCCAGCCGCCUCCGCCUCCUUCGGCUUCCAGACUGGAUGCUCGCCAGCUGCAACAACCUCACCAACAGCAAAGCCGCGAUGUAGUGCGGCGUCCGCUGAUUGUAAGCGGCACUGGUGUUACCUCUCAGCCGAAAGAGGAAGACACAGAUAUUUCGCCUGAAGCGAGCGGCGCUGAUGAGAAAAAGGGCCCUUCCGGGUGA